CCGCCAUGUUUUCUGCAGUUACGUAGUUUUCUAAGCUCGUUUUUUCACUAAUUAGAACUAUUCAAAAGACCGUUUCAACAAAAUCGUGGUAUUGUAACUUGAAACCCGAUGUCAGGGAUUAUAGAGACACACAGUAUUUAUUUAUUUUUGAAGCGAUAGCGAAGAAAUCCACAUCGGAAGUUUGAAAACCUUCACGAACUUUGCCUUCUCUCUGGCAGAAAUUGACACGCUUUUUGAUUUGGUUUGACAGCGAUCAGCUGUACUUCACAAAGCUUCAAGAUGACUACCAUGUCUCUUUUUGGUGCCACGUUUAUUGCGUUUGGACCAUUAAUUGCAAUGUUUAUAUUCACAAUUGUCAAAGACCCCUUAAAAGUUAUUAUCAUGAUUGCCGGUUCCUUUUUCUGGUUGCUAUCUUUACUCUUAUCAUCACUGCUAUGGGUAAUUGUUUCGCCAUUACAAGAUGAGCUGGCAUUUGCUGUGAUAUUUUCUGUUAUCUUUCAAGAGCUUUUCCGAUUGGCUUACUAUAAGUUAUUAAGAAAAGCGGACGAUGGUAUGCAGCAAUUUACCGAUGUUGAUCAGGAUGUGAUCAGUAAAAAUCAAACAGGAUACGUUGCUGGAGUUGGAUUUGCCCUGAUGAGCAGCACAAUGUCAACUGUCAAUAUUUUGGCAGAUCACAGUGGUCCUGGUACUGUCGGUAUCAAUGGCGAUGAUGAACUUUUUCUUUUGACUUCAGCAUUUUUCACCUGUUGUUUCACCUUGUUACACACAUUUUGGGGUGUCAUAUUUUUUUACGGAAUGGAUAAGAAAAAAUACCUUAUGGUAUUAGGUGUGGUGGUAUCGCAUCUAGCAGUUUCGUGUCUGACAUUGCUGAACCAGUAUGAUCCCCCAAUGUACAUGGCUUCCUUGAUACCGUCAUAUGUCAUUAUGGUUCUGAUGGGUACAUGGGCUUACUAUGUGGCAGGCGGAUCGUUCCAGAAUGUACUGGCGUUUUUUACGUGCAAACAUGGAGGUUAUGACUUUGAUUAAAGUUGAACAUUUAAUAUGAAUAUGAUUACAAAAUAACCGCACAAUAUAUGGAUUUGUAAACUGCACAAAUUUAAUGUCGUUUUUCAGCUUUAUGUAUUUCUCCUUCACAGUGCACUAGCUUUGUAUUAUCAGCUGUUUCACCUGAAUUUACAGUCACAAUUCAUGUAUGGGUGCUAAACCUGCAGUGUGGUGUACCUUGUUAAUGAUCAUUCACCUUCAACAAUCAUUCAUCCAUCCCGCCUGAGUUCAACUGUGUCAAAAAUCUAGUUUCUCUUUCCUGCCACUUUUGGAUUUUUUGUUUAUAUAAGUUAUAUUACCCAGUAAUCACCCCACCAUUAUAAUGUACACAAUUAUUAUAGGGGAUGAUACAGUUUUAUUGAAUGGUUCAUAGCAACAAAAUUUAACGAUUUUCCCUGACCUGUCAAAUUUGCAGAAAAUUAACUGGCAAUUAAAAUUGUUUUCAGUAGUUCAUUCCACUUCAGUACUGUGAAAUACUUUAUUUUCACUUGGAAUUCAUUUUCAUUGAAGGAGAGAUCAACUAAAGAUAGAGAAAUACUAGUUACUUAUACAUAGUGCAAAUACUUUUACUAGAAUCAACCCCUUCAAAAUUUCAGAAUCAAAUUUCCAGCCCAUUACUUAACUACCGGUAAUUAAUUUUCAUAUGAUUUCAUAUUGCUGUAAGUGUUAUAGAGUUAAUAAUGAUAUUGUUAUAUAUAAACCCUUUAUAUUUU